AUGAAAAUUUCCAAAUCAACAUCCAAGUAUUUGAGAAAUGUUCCAGGUCCCAAACCUAUAUUUCCUUUCGGCAAUACUUUGGACCUUAUUGGCGGAUCUACAGUUACGCUAGACGUGAUAAGAAGAUACCUGAAAAGCUACGGCGACAUUAUACUGAUUCAUCCUGGACCUCUCGAUUGGGCUGUCAUUAGCAAUGAUCAUGACUUCAACGAGUUAUUAUUCAGUUCGUCUAUACAUAUUGAAAAAAGUAAUCAAUAUGGGUUUAUGAGCAAUUGGCUUGGACAGGGAUUACUAACGAGUUCAGGUUCUCAUUGGAGAAAACACAGAAAAGCCAUAACGUCCGCUUUCCAUUUUUCAAUUUUAAAAGAUUUCAUCACUGUCUUCGACUCUAAUGGCAACAACUUGAUUAAAAGGCUUAAAGCAGAAGUAGGAAAAGACAGCACUGAAAUUUCAAAAGUUGUUUCGUUGUAUGCGCUCGAUGUCAUUUGCGAAGCUACAAUGGGUGUGAGAGUUAAUGCACUGGAACAGGAAAAUUCGAAAUAUAUCGAAAGUGUUAAGACACUUUGUAGCGUUAUCGUGGAAAGGGCUUUUUCGCCAUUGCAUCCAGUAUUGUACCCUUUAACGUGGAAUUGUUAUAGGGAGAAAAAAGCACUCAAUGUGGUUCACGCUUACGUAGACGACGUAAUAUCACGAAGAAUCGCAGAAAAAAGUAAAACAAAAACCAACAAAAAUUUGGGCCAAAUGGAAGAGGAUUUUGGUAUUAAAAAACGUCUAGCAUUUUUGGAUUUGCUCCUGGAAACCGUCAUCGAUGGUAAAUUGUUUUCGAAAGAAGAUUUAAGAGACGAAGUGAAUACUUUUAUGUUUGAAGGUCACGACACAACGUCAACGGCAAUUAGUUUUUGUUUGCUGAUGCUCGCCACUCAUCCAGAAGCCCAGGAAAAAGUAAUCAAAAAACAAAUCGAUAUUUUUGGAAAGGAUAAUUUAUAUCCUAAAAGCUUGACUGUAGUGAUUAUUCCAUACGCAUACCACAGAAAUCCGAAUAUUUUUCCAAAUCCAGAAGAGUUUAUGCCUGAAAGGUUUCAAGAUUAUAAUAACAAAUUUCCUUACGCCUACACACCGUUUAGUGCUGGACCUAGAAAUUGUAUAGGUCAAAAGUUCGCUAUGCUAGAGAUGCUAUCAACUGUUUCGAAAGUGAUAAGAAAUUUCAAACUGGCACCAUCGAAACCGGAACACAAAAUCCAAAUUGCCGCUGAAACUAUUAUGAAAUCCAAGAAUGGCGUUAAGAUAUCGCUUGAAAAUAGGACAUUUGAGUAA